AUGGAGCGCACACACACCGUUCUCUGCUUUGUUCUUAUCGCCAUGACGACAGGUGCUGAUUCUGAAGUUGUGGCGAUGUCAGCGUGUGGCCAAGCCGCCCUCAGCCCCCGGAUCGUAGGGGGACAGGAGGCCUCCCCCGGGUCCUGGCCUUGGAUGGUGGCGAUGUAUGUGAACUUUGAAUUCCGGUGUGGAGGGGCCCUGAUCAAUGACCAGUGGGUUCUGACCGCCGCACACUGCAUAUUUCCAUACUUCUACCCCCCAUCAGUGCCAGAAGCCUUCAGAGAGAACUUCACAAUCCAGGUCUUCUUGGGUCGACACAACUUCUCCGACCCGAACCCGAACCAGAAGCAGCGGGAGGUGGCGCAGAUGAUCCUCCACCCCCAAUACAACAACGAUGACGUGAGCCACGACAUGGCACUGCUGAAGCUGCACCAGCCGGUCUCCUUCAGUCAGUACAUCCAGCCCGUGUGUAUUGCGGCCGGUGGAAGUGUCCUUCACACCGGAGACAUGGCCUGGGUCGCCGGCUGGGGCGUCACUGAGGAGGGCGGAUCCUUUCCCUCCGCUCUGCAAGAGGUCAGCGUUCCCAUCGUGGGAGAUAACCAGUGCCAAUGCUACAUCCCGACGCUCCUCCCCGAGUCGGACACUCUGUGUGCGGGACUCAGCGAGGGCGGGAAGGACUCCUGCCAGGGCGACUCCGGAGGCCCCCUGGUGGUGAAGGAGGGCGGGGCCUGGGUGGCGGUGGGCGUGGUCAGCUUGGGCGAAGGCUGUGCGAGGGCUAAGGCACCAGGAGUCUACGCCCAGGUGUCUCUGUACCAGGACUGGAUCCAGAACCAGACGUCUCUGGAGGACGACUACUUUGUGACUGUGAAGGCCACGGGACAAGACCCCGACAUGGGAUUCAGCUACACAGACCAUGCAACAUGUCCUUCUGCCGACUGCUCCUGGGGUGUGCUCUGGCUCUCUCUGCGCCACAUGGUUCUCAAGCUCAAGGUAAGCUCCUCCCACUUAUUCUCCCUCACCACCUCAGCGGGUCUACCCCGAGCUCCUCCUCUCUAA